CACCUGCGGGCAGGGGCGGUGCCGAGGGCGCGGACCUGGAGCCUGGCGCCGAGGGGCGCGCGGUGUCUGACUGGAGGCGGCCGUGCGACAGAGGGCGCGCGCGGGGAGCGCGGGUGAACCUUCGGGACCCGGGUACGGCCUGCGAGCGCGCUCUCGAGAGCCCCGGGGGACAGCAGGGCCCCCCACAGAGGGGCGAGGCCGCGUGCGCCCGGGCUGCGGAGGCCCAGUGAGGCAGCCGUCGAGUCGGCACGCGCCUGCCACUGUCCCUAGGUUUUAUAAAGGCACGGAGACAGCCAGGGUAUCACCUUCCCGUUGGGGCACAGAAGAGCAGAUGAGAGAUUAAACAUCAGCACAGCAACUUCAGAAGGGACUGAGAAAGAUGAAAUAUUGUUGUCUUCAAAAACGUUUGCAGGAGGGAGACUUCUGGGAAGAUGGCAGAAUAGUAAGCAGCAGAAAAAAACUGCCUAAGAGUCACUGUCCAGACACUGGAAUAUAACAUUGUAAGGAAGACAUGAAGGAUACAGGAAAAAUCUGAAGUGCAAAUUGAAGCUCACAUAGAGAGUAAAAAGAACAAUUUCAAUGAAAAAGAAGGUGGUAGCGGGUGGUGCCUUCUCCCUGAGCCCAACUCACUGCACGAGAGGAGCUGUUGGAAUCUGGGGAUGCAUGGUCAUGGAGGCAGUGAUGGCUGGUGACCCCAGAGGUCUCUGCAGAGAGAUGUGGCAGUGAGGGAGAACAGUGGACCUGGAGGACUGUACUGACUGGCGAUUCCCACUCCCUGAAACCGAGGCUGCUUAUGAGAAACUGUACUUUUCAAGAAGGUUUUCACAGAAUCAACUAUUUUCACAGUCAAGUUUGCUGCCCCGAGAGUUUCUCAUCUUCUUCAAGAUAAAAGUAAUUGAUCACCACGGACCCAGGGACCCUUGGUUCAUCAUCAAGGGAGGGCAGUCAUCAUGAAUAAUCAUAAAGCUGUUGCUGAGCUCCUGCAAGAGUGCGAGCAAGCACUGGACCAGCUCUUGGUGGCGCCACCAGAUGUGUCCGAGGAGGACAAGAGGGAGGACCAGCGAUGCCGAGCUUCACUCUCCAGAGAGUUAAGAACCCUGAUCCAGGAGGCAAAGGAAAUGAAGUGGCCCUUCGUGCCUGAAAAGUGGCAGUACAAACAAGCCCUGAGCCCAGAGGACAAAACCAACCUGCAGGAUGUGAUUGGCGCUGCGCUGCACCAGUUGCUGGUGGCCCUGCGUGCCUCCAUCCGGGCCCAGGACUGCACAGUGGCCACAGCCGUUAUCUUCCUGCUGGACCGUGUGCUCUACAGGCUGGACGGCACAGGCAGCCUCCUGCGGGUGGCACGGCGCCUGCACCGCCUGCAGCCCAGCACACCCAUCGCACCACAGCUGCUUAUCCGACAGGCGCGUGUCUCGGUUAACGCAGGGAAGCUCCUGAAAGCAGAGUACAUCCUCAGCAGCCUCAUCAGCAACCACGGAGCCACAGGUACCUGGCUCUACAGAAAUGAAAGCGACAAGGUCCUGGUGCAGUCAGUCUGUGUACAGAUCCGAGGGCAAAUUCUGCAAAAGCUUGGCAUGUGGUAUGAAGCCGCCGAGUUAACAAGUGCCUCCAUCGUUGGAUAUUUGACGCUCCCUCUGCCGGAUAAAAAGGGCCUCUCUGCGUCACUUGGGAUUCUGGCAGACAUCUUUGUUUCCAUGAGUGAGAACGACUAUGAGAGAUUUAAGAACAACCCCCAGGUUAACUUGGCCCUGCUCCAGGAGUAUGAACACCGGCUACUGGCAGCAGCAGAAGCCUGCAAGCUGGCAGCUGCCUUCAGUGCCUACACACCCCUGUUUGUGCUCACAGCCAUGAACAUCCGCGGCAUGUGCUUGCUGUCCUACAGCAGUUCCAGUGCCUGCCCUGUCAACCAGACCAGCUCCUACCUGUGUGCGGCUAAAGAGGCCUUCGAGAUCGGCCUGCUGACCAAGACUGACAACACGCCGGCCGCCGGGAAGCAGGAGCUCCACAGCCUCAUCAAGGCAGCCUUCGGCCUGGCCACUGUGCACCGCCGACUCCUCGGGAACACGGCCGCGGUGCGUGUGGCCCGCUGGCUGUGUGUGGAGGCCCUGGGGACACUGGCCAGGCUGGGCUCCUGCUCUGCAAGCCAGGACCCAGAGGCAGUGUCAGGAGAGAUCCUGUCUGCAAUCAGCCAAGUGAGGCGGUGCCUCGGUGUCCAGAGCUUUGUAAACCCAGACGCCAGAGCUUGCAUUCCGGAGAGUUUCCAGGGUGGCUUGGAUGAGCCUCUUCUGCGGGGGAGCGUGGGUUUCCAGGAGAUCCUCACCGGCUACUCGCGGCACCACAGCUCAGUAUGUGAGGUUUUUGAAAGCACAUGUGGACACAGCAAGAUCCACGAGAAACACGCAAAAACAGACCUCUGCAUCACGGCCUUAGAAACAGAAACCAAAUCUCCAGACACACACACCCUUGUGGACCGGCCACGCUCUCCUGCAGGAAGGGGGACACUGUGCUACUGGACAGACCAAAUCGAGAGGGCAGGCAUUGAGGCCUGGGCCCCACAUCGGGACACGGAACCUGGGGCAGAGCCACCCGGGCACCACAGCAGCAAGCUCCAGGAGAGGUCCCCGGGGGGCAGCUGGGGUUCUGGGAGCUGGAGCAGGCUGUCGGGGACCAGUUGUUCUGUGAGCUGGGAGGAGGUGAGCGCUGCGGGGGUGCCCAGCUCAGCUGGGGGCACAGAGCACCUCGUGGACAGCCGGUGCCACACUGCCUCAUGUGAGGAGCUUGAGCCAGACGUCGAGGGCAGAGCCGGGCACUUGGUGCCUUGGGAUCUGCGGGGUCUGUCUCUCCGGGUGCCCAAGGAUGACUUUACAGAGACCUCCCCAAGUCCUCUACACGGAGCCCCGUCCUCACCAAACCUCGCACCCCACAGCUCUGACGACACCCAGGCAGUCCCUGUGGCCGAGCUGGCGGGGGCUCCAGGGGACACCUGCGAAGUCAGAGGGACUCUCUCGGGACUCCCCCGCGCUUCUCCGGCUCCUGGUUUCGUCGGGCACAGGGACACGGCCGCGUGGCAUUCCGUGCAGAACAACAACUUUGAAAUUCUUGAUUUCGCAGACACCAGCUGUUAUGUCCCAGGCGGGCGUGGGGUAGCCAGGAAAACAGAAGCCCAUGAUCCAGACCCAGGCCGCACGUGGGUGGACCCCGAUGCAGAGACUGCAGAAGGCACCCAGGCAGAGCCAGGUGGUUCGCGGGGCGCCAGUGCCAGGCCGGGGAACAGCUCUCUCCCUCCCUGUCGCCCCACCUGCCCUGAGACCAGGGGCUCCGCGGAGGAGCCAGGAGUCGACCCCGAGGGCCCCACGGAGGUCGAGGGCGCCCCCUCUGCGGCUGGACCCCCCGGGCUCCCUUCGGGUGGCGGUAGCACCUUCCCUGUCCCCAGCGAGAGCUGUUCCUCCACAGAGGAGCCGGGCCUGGGCGCCUUCUCCAGCGGCUCCCCGGGCUGCUCCAGCCCCUGGUCCCUGCUGGACUCCUGCGGCGGCUCCGCGGCAGCCCGGCCAGGGCCGGAGCAGGAGGCGCUAGAGGCGCGCACGCUGCGGCCCGCGGACCUGCGGGAGCUGCUGGCCGGCGUGGGCCAUGGCUGGCUGCGGCGGAGGCUGGAGGGCACCGGCGUGUUCAAGCCCGGCCGGCCGCGCGGGGCGCACGAUGGUCUUCUGUUAAAAUAUUCCAAAAAGUCUGAACUGUGGACAGCCCAGGAAACGGCGGUGUAUCUGGGGGACUACCUGGAUGUGAAGAAGAAAGGCAAACAGAGGAACGCCUUCUGGGUUCACCAUCUUCACCAAGAAGAAACCCUGGGGAGGUACGUUGGGAAGGAAUACAAAGAACAGAAGGGGCUCUGGCAUCACUUCGCUGAUGUGGAGAGGCAGAUGACCGCACAGCACUACGUGACAGAGUUCAACAAGAAACUCUAUGAGCAAAAUAUCCCAACACAGAUAUUCUACAUCCCGUCCACAGUGCUGCUGAUUUUAGAAGGCAACACAAUAACGGGAUGUAUCAGUGUGGAGCCUUACAUACCAGGAGAGUUUGUAAAAUUAUCAAACAACACAAAAGUGGUGAAAACAGAGUACAAAGCCACAGAAUACGGCUUGGCUUAUGGCCAUUUUUCUUAUGAGUUUUCUAAUCAUAGAGAUGUUGUGGUUGACUUACAAGGCUGGGUGACUGGUAAUGGCAAAGGGUUAAUUUACCUCACAGAUCCCCAGAUCCACUCUGUUGAUCAGAAAGACGUCACUACCAAUUUUGGAAAGAGAGGAAUCUUUUACUUCUUUAAUAACCAGCAUGUGACAUGUAAUGACAUCUGCCAUCGUCUUUGUCUGACCCGACCUUCAGAAGGAAACCUGAACGAGCCGUAGGCUGCAGGCUGCUGGCACGGCCAUCUCCCUGCUCACCAGGGUCGAAGCUCACCUUGAAAGACUCGGCCCAGCCUGGGCCUGCAGGGUCGGGGCAGGCCAAUGAGAGGGCUCGAGGGCCACUUUCAGGGCUGCGUUUAACUACUAAUACAAGAUCAAGUGGCUUCUUUUGCCCUCUGACAUGGGGACCAAGAAUGAUUCUGGAAGCAGCACUAAUGAGCAUAAGUCCUACAGCGAAGGCAAACUGGAACACAGCCCGUCUGACCCACAGUGGCUUCACAGCGCAGCUGAAAAAUAAACUUCUGUUUAAGCCAUCGAGAGAUUGGAACUUUUGGUUAUCAUCUGUCAGGACUGAUACUAUUGCUGAUUUUUUUUCUAUUGAGUUAAGUCUUCAUAUAUUAAAGAGUUUUGGAGUUUGUGAUA